AUGUCGAAAUUAGAUGAUGAUAAAGGUAUUGUUUAUUGUAAUCGCGUUCUUCUCGGUAAUUGGUACGAAGCUUCUAAAUUGGAAGAGUACAAGCUAAACAUAUUUCUUGAGCAAAUGAAAAAAGGAGAUUUAAUGCUGGCGAAGUAUAGAAAAAUGACUGAAAAUCUUAAUAAACCGACCGUGUUGACUCAAUUGUCGGGCAGUAUUGGCUUUGGCGCUAAAAUAUCCCUCCUCGCACCCCACGUGCCAGCAUCAGAUCCACCAGUGGAUGAUAAAAAGGGUUUGCUUCUUGGAGGUCGGAUAUCAUCUAAUGAAAUUAAUUAUUCACAAGAUCUGGAAGAUGGAUGUAACUUAGUUGGCCUUUCUGAGCUAGAACCUGCGGAAAGGAGCACAUUCGUUAUAGCUAGCGCUGAUUAUUGCAAUCGUAAAGAUGAACAUCUUAAAUAUAACCAGGAAUUUAUGCUCGCUAUUUCCUCUUCCGUAGAUAGGAACAAGCCUCUUUAUGUAAGGUAUGAUCCGAAUCCCAUUCCUGGUCUCUGUGGCAUGUAUCCACUAUACCUUAGCAAGCAUCCGGUAUCCAAUACUAGAUGGCGUAUCCUGCCUAUUCAACGACCAAAUAUUACUAGGUUCGAAGAAGAAGGGAAACCGGUGAAUGUAAAUACAGAUAUUGUAGUCAACCAUUGCGCUACAAAUGUAAAUUUAGGUAUCAACGUUGGAUGCUGGGCAAUGGGUUUUCAUGGAAAAGUAUGUGCCCCAUUGAUGAAGACGUCUUUAGACGUUUAUGGAAGGGAAUUGCCGAACAAUAUCUGGCAAAUAUAUGUUCCUAUUGCGAAAUAA